CGAGGUGAGUCAGUCGUGGACGAGACGCCGGCACGGUCGGAGAGAAAGGCAAAGAGAGAGGGAAAUAGAGAAGAAGUGAGUGAGUGAGCGAGUGAGUGAGAGACACAGCCGGCCAGAAUCAAGAAAAGUGAGAGAACGAACUGUGCGUGCGAGUGCAGCAGGUUCAGGCGUUUAUCCGUGAAAGUGAGAGACUGAGGGAGCUGGCUUUCGUAGAGUAUACGCAACAGCGAGGACACACCAUGCCGACCGGGGACGUGGCCGUGGCCCACGGCUUCCUCCAGGACGGCGGCGGCGGUGUCGGCAAGGUGUGCAGCAGCCCCGAGGCCAAGAGCGGGGGCCUGAUCCUCGUGGGGCCCGGCAAGCACACGCAGCACGUCCAGGUCAAGGUGUACCGCACCUCGCUGGAGCACUUCGCCGUUGUGUUCCCGCAGAAGAAGGUGUGCCGGCCGCUGGGGUUCGUCAACCUGCGGCACACGGCGGUGGCGCGCCUGCCGGCCGCCGGCGAGAAGGUGCCCAAGGUGCACGUCAAGGGGCUGACGGCGCACGCGUCGGGCGCGGGGCAAGGGCUGCCGCGCCAGCUGCAGCACCUGCCGGGGCUCGUGGUGCGCAGCCGGCAGUGCGACUCGCCGAACGCCCUCACCUUCCUCUGCGAGGCGCCCAAGGAGCUCGAGUCGUGGCUGUCCGCCUUCGACCCCUCCCGGACGGCAACGCUGCAGGACGCGAUGCGCGCGCAGCCCAUCCUGGAGGAGAGCGAUGAGGUGUCGUAGUCGUAGCGCCGGAGCGGAGGACCCCGCGCCGCUGCUGCCCGACGCACUACACGUCGUCGUCGUCGUCGUCAUCAACGAAACGCGCGCGCUCGCCCCAUCCGGGAGGAGGAGGGCGACGACCUUCCAGACGUGCUGCCCCGUCUCGUGCACCACCCCGCCCAGGGCCGGAGAGAAGAUUGGAGAUGGGGAUAGUAUUUGUAGAAGAGUCGCCCAGGACGGUUCGCCAGCGAGUUGCUGCGACUACGAGGACAUAAGGUGAAAAUGCACUAUUUUCACCCAUGUCCCCGCGUAUGAAAGCUGAGAUACCAAAGCUAUACAUGUCUGAAUCAUUCGCUACAAACACAUAGAACGUGUUUCAUUAGAAAGGAAAGAAAUACGCAAAAAGACAAAUUUUAACUCGUUGAGUUCGGACAGCUCAAUCAAAAAAGGGAAAAAAUACAAAAAAAAAUAUAUUUAUGUGCUGGCAUUAGCCACGUUGUGGUCACAUCGAACUCAAUGAGUUAAAGGAUACGACAAUAAUUAUUGUGUCUUCAGAUAUCUUUCUAACAAUGUCACUCUGAUUUUCUCUAAGCAUGUAGUAAAUUAUGUGUACGAUUUAGAAAUAUUUUUUAGCUGAAUUCAUUGUUAGCGAUUUCAUUACUCCUUAUACGAUUCUUUAAUUUAGCUAGACUGUGAUAUUUCUGCAUGUUGUACAUGCGAACCAAAGUGAUACAAUGUUUUGAUUAGGUUUGAGCAGUAUGCGCUGUUACAUGCGCCGAUAGAUUAAAAGUCCAGUUAUGUAUUGUCUUUUUGUGUCUGUGUGUGUAUCUAUGUGUGUGUGUUUUUUGUCUGUACGUUAUCACAUUUCUUUAGGUUCUAAGAAACGAUCUUGUAUUUCUAUAAAGAGUAAUAAAAAACACUAGAUCAUUACAA